AUGCAGUCCAUGGGUAGCGACACUCUCAAGACUGGCACCGCAUCAAUAUUUGAAGAUCCACUUACCAUCAUGAAGCUCAUUAUACCUCCCAGCUCUUUGCAUUUGUUUAUUGCGAUACAUUUACAAUUGUAUUCUCUAUGCAGGAGUAUAACCGUGGUGGCGGUGUGCGCUCUGGCGGCGCUGGUAUCAGCACAGGUGACGUUCAGCCGCGACUGGUCGGGUGGGAAACGGUCACCACCCGCUGUGUUCGAUUGCGGACAGUUCGCGCGGCUUUGUCGUCAUUUUCUUCAUGAAUUGAAGCAAGGUUUAUCAGAGGACAAGCUCAUCAAACAUCGUCGCCUGGAACCAGAGGAUAUAGCGGUCACUUAUGAAGACGAAAAGUGAACUAAAGGAAUUCGAAAUAAUAUCAUGAAACGUCUAUAAUGUUAAAUGUAGAAAUUUGUAUUAUAUUGUGUAAUUCUAAGUCUAUGUAAACAUUAUAAUCUUUUAAAUGGGCUUGUAUUGUUAUAAAUUUAUCUAACUAUGCCUCUAGUCUAGAUUAUGUCACAAUGUAUACUGG